AUGCCUCCUCCAAUUCCCACAUUCUCUCAACUUUCUCAACCUUAUCAUACCCUAAUCAAAAUCCCCCUUUUCACCAUCAAAGCCAACAAUAAUAACAGCAUUAACCCCUCUCUCACCAAUUCCUUCAUCAAACACACAACAAAAAACCUCAUUGAUUUUAAAGACAAAACAACUAAGUUUCGACUCAAAAACCUUGUUCGAAACAUCACAUCAUUAUCCUCAUCCAAAAACAAAACCCAUAUACUACAAAAAAUCCUAGACAAAGAUGCUGAUGGGUUUCAAAUCCAAACCAUAUCAGAUUUCAAUCACCUUCUCAUGGCUCUACUCAUUGCACAAGAGCUACAACUUUGUCAAACAGUCUUCACAAAGUUAUCAUCUUUUCAUCUUGUUCCAGAUUCUUGCACUUACUCCAUCAUGAUAAGGUGCCACUGUGAGAAAAACGACGCGGAAGAAGCAAAAAGACUACUUUUUACUGUUAUCGAAAAUGGGUUUGAACCAGAUGCUGCAACCAUCACUGUUUUAAUGAAUUCCCUUUGCAAAAGAGGGAAAGUGAAGAAAGCUGUGGAGGUUUUUCAAUUCAUGAAGAGAAAGGGUUUGAAGCUUGGUGUUCAAUCAUAUAACUGUUUGUUGAAAGGGUUGUGUUAUGUGGGAAGGGUUGAAGAAGCAAUUGAGAUUUUGAUGAGAAUGAAGGAGACAAAUUUGGGGGUUGAUGUUUAUUCUUAUAAUGCUGUUAUGAAUGGAUUAUGCCAAGUCGGUCGUUCGGAUGAAGCGAUGACGUUGUUCAAUGAAGCUAUUGGAAUUGGAUUGGUGCCUAAUGUGGUUACUUUUAACGCGUUGAUUUUAGGGUAUUCGAGACAAUGUAGACCAGUGGAGUGUUUUGGUGUUUUGAAGAUGAUGAAGGAACAUGGAUGUGUUCCGGAUUGUAUUAGUUAUAGUACUGUUUUACGCGGAUUGUUGAAGUGGAAUGAAGUUGUGGCGGCGCUUUGGGUUUAUAAGGAGAUGGUGGAGAUUGGAUUUGAAGUUGAUUUGAAGAUGAUGGUGACUUUGGUGAGGCGUUUGUGUAAGAAAUCAAGGAGGGAAAAAUGUUUGAUUGAGGAUGCAUAUGAAGUGUUUGAGAAAAUGAAAGAGAAGGGUUUAGUUGUUGAUAAGAGGACAAUGGAGGUGAUGGUUGAGGCAUGUUGUAGGGGGGAGAAGUUUGAUGAGGCUUUGGUGAGUUUGAAUGAUAUGGUUAGGUGGGGUUAUUCUCUUGAGGCGAUUGGGUUUGAGAAAGUGAUUAGAGGACUUUGUAGGCAGGGUAGAGUGGAUGAGGCGGUGUCAAGUUGGCUUCUUUUGCGUGCAAAUGGAGGGAUUCUUGAUAGAAAUUGUUUUGAGGUGUUGGUUAAUGAAGUUGAUGCACAUGGGAGAGUGUUUUGUGGUUCUUUUUUGUUUGGUCUUGCAUUGAAGCAAGGUGUUGUUCUUGUUCCAAAUAAGGAGCUGCAUGAUGAUAAAAGGUGUUAG